AUGUCAUCUACGACCCCAGAAACCACCGCCGAACUUCACCUCACGCAACAAGGAGGCCCCUUCAAACUCACCCAAGUCCCCAACACCCCCUCACCACCAGCCAACCAAGCCCGCCUCCGACUCCACGCAAUUGGCCUAAACCUCCUCGACAAGAAACAGCUCGAUUACGGCCUCUUCAUCCCCCAGUACCCUUUCGUGCUCGGCGGCGAAGGCGCCGGCAUCGUCGAAGCCGUAGGACCAGACGUCAAGGAUUUCCAGCCGGGCGAUGAAGUCAUUGCGAUUCUGUCUGGGAAAAUGAGAGGGUUUGACUGGGGCGGUGCGUAUGCGGAGCGCUCGAAUGUGUUGGCUGAUGGGGGGUUUUUUGCUGCGAGGAAACCGAGGAAUGUAGGGAUGGGGGAGGCUGCUUCUUUGCCGGUCGGGUAUCUGACUGCUGUAGCGGUCAUUGCAGGGAGUUUCGGAACGCCUCUCGCAUUUUUGCCGGAGUUGGAAAAUGCAGGUGUCGUGCCGUCUUCUGUGCUGGUCUUGGGUGGUAGCUCUGUGACGGGCGCGGCUGCGAUACAGCUGUUGCGUUAUGCGUAUCCUUCGAUGCCCAUAUACGCGACGAGUUCGCGUCAUAAUUUCGAUCAGGUGAAAGCGGUUGGGGCAACGGAGGUUUUCGAUUACCACUCGCCUUCGAUUGUGGCAGAUAUUAAAGCGCAGACCCCAGGCUCCAAAGGUGUCGAUACGAUUUUCGAUUUCGUGGCGGCUGGUGCUUCGCAGACGGAUAUUUGUGAUGUUCUUGACCCCGCAGGGCUGAAGCAGUACGGUGCUGUGGUGACUGGCGUUGAUAUAUCGGUUCCAGACGGAGUCAAGUACGCUAUCAAGGACGCUUACGAUGUUUCUGAGAUGAAGGGCGGAGGGUCAGUCUUUCCCAUGCUUACUCAGUUGGUCGAGGAAGGGAAGUAUAAAUUGCCUGUGGAGGUGAAAAUAGAAGGUCAUGGUUUGGAAAGCAUCCCCCAAGCUGUUGAAAAGCUACCGAAAGUGAGUGGUGCAAAAUUGGUGAUCACCCUGUAG